CGUUAUGUGAGUCGACGAUCCACCGCAUCAGCAGUCGCGCAGGCAUUGCUUCGUUUAAGUCGCUUCGAGAUCUGUAAUGAACUUCACUCAUUUGACCAUACCAUCAUUCAGCUUCUCUGUAAUCUCGAUUCAUCUCGCUGUAGCAUAACACUUUCGGAAUACUUAAACGAAGAAAUUGAUCAUGGCGAUGUGCUGGAAUGUUUGCUGGACCAUAAGGAUCGGCCGGAAAUGACGCCGAAAUGCCGCUCAUACGUUAAUCACUUCGAGCUGAUUACGCUUCGUGAUUUCCAGUUCGAUGAACGAUUUGCACAGUUCUGUUCUCGUGACAUCAAAAAAUACUGCAUGGAAGUCAGCACUGACAAGGCGGAAAUAAUUCGCUGUUUGUCGACAGUGAUGUUUGAGCACAAAGUGUUGGGAACGCCAGAUGAUCUCGAAAAAGACUGUAAGAAACAUUUGAAAACAGCUUAUCUCCAUCAAGAACAGAGUAUUGUUAUUUUUAAAUGA